CUCCGUUCGUCCCAAGGCACCCCUCCGCCCACCGGCAGAGAACUUCCAGAAACAGCACCUUCGGAUAGAUGCCGCGCGCUCCUAUUUAUACCCUGCCCGCGAAGCUCACUCGCCUCCAUCAUCACCCAACAGCACUCAAGCAGAGCAGAGCAGAGCAUUCGCCAUUGCAGCCAGCACUCGCGGCGGCAUGGGUUCGAGGUACGAGGUGGAGGUGACGGUGGGCUCGGCGCGGGACCUCAAGAACGUCAACUGGCGCAACGGCGACCUCAAGCCCUACGCCGUCGUCUGGGUCGACGACGGCGCCAAGUGCUCCACCCGCGUCGACCUGGACCACGGCGAGAACCCCGAGUGGGACGAGAAGCUCGUCGUCCCGCUCCCGCCCUCCACCGCCCGCCUCGAGGACGCCGUCCUCCGCAUCGACGUCGUCCACGCCGACGCCGCCGACGGCACCAAGCCGCUCGUGGGCUCCGCGCGCCUCCCGCUGCGCGACGUCCUCGACGACGCCGGCCUCGGCGGCCGCGCGUCCCGCUCCCUCCGCCUCAACCGCCCCUCGGGACGGCCUCAGGGCCGCCUCGACGUCCGCGUCGCCGUCCGCGAGGCCGCCCGCUACUACGACCCCUCCUACCCGCCGCCCUACGGCCAGUCCGCCCGCGACCCCUACGCCGCCCCGGCGCCGUACGGUUCCGGCGGCGGGUACGGCCAGCAGCCGCCAUACGCCGCGCCCCCGUCGGGCUACCCGGCCCCCUACGGCGCCGGGUACGGCGGUGCGCCCCAGGGGCAGCCGGCGUACGGCGCUGCUCCUGCUCCCGCGUACGGAUCGGGCGGGUACGGGUCGGUGGAUGACCCUGCCAAGAAGAAGGGAAUGGGGAUGGGGACGGGGCUGGCGGUGGGCGCGGCAGCGGGUGUGCUGGGCGGGCUGGCGCUGGCGGGAGGGGCGAGCUACCUGGAGGAGAAGAUCGAGGACAACGUGGCGGAGAAGGUGGAGGACGACCUGGCCGGCGGCGGGUACUACGACGACGACGACUACUAGAGAAAACGAAACCUGAGAGAUUGUUGUAUUCCAAGUUUCCAACCAUGGUGGUGACUAGCCAUCAUCUUCUUUGCUUCUAUUCUGGCCGGAUUGAUUGAAUAAACGGGACGCGAAUGAUAUUAUCAA